AUGGUGGGCAAACGCUCGUACGCCGGUCGACCCGAUCAACCGCGGGCAGCACCGUAUGCGGAGAACUCCAACGGCGACGUCGAGAGCGGACAUCAAAACGGUCACGCCAAUAGCAAGGCGAGAUCGCGUUCCUACAAUGGGAAGGACGGAGACGUCAGACCUAGGCCACGGAUCUGGCGAUUCAAAGAUGCGGCGAUGACUGCACUUGAGGACAAGAGAAGGGAAGAUUUGAAGAACAAACUGCUGUCGGGAGUUGACCGUGAAGGUCUUGAGCAGUUCCGCAAGUCCGACGACCAGCUCAAGGAGAUCAAGAACAAGAAAGUGCGCGCCUUCUACGAGGGUCAAAAUUCACGACUGAACGACUGGCUGGAGGUCGACGCUGUCGUCAUGUCAGUGGCCGACGAUGUCCUCGAAUCAAUGGAUCCCGACCCAGACAACGACGGCCAUCAUGAACGCGGUGGAGGGAUCCAACAGGUAGCAGGCAACGUCGGCGAGCUCCUCCCAGAAGACGAGAGAAAGGCUCGCGCCAAAGCAGAGAAGCGAGCAAAGUGGGCGAUCAACAUCAACGUCAUCGCCAACGUUCUUCUCCUGGCUGGAAAGCUGGCCGCGGCUACGCAGUCCGGCUCGUUGUCUCUCAUUGCGUCCCUGGUGGAUUCUGCACUUGACCUACUGUGCACGAUGAUCAUCUGGACAACCAACAAGUUGGUGCAAUGGCGUCUGAAUGCCCUCCAGAAGCACUUCCCAGUCGGCCGCAAACGCCUCGAACCCCUCGGCAUCCUCGUCUUCUCCAUCAUCAUGGUCAUCUCCUUCCUCCAGAUUCUACAGGAGUCGGUGGAGAAACUCAUGCCUCUCAAGGGCACGGCUGAAGAACUGCCUAUGAUCGCCGUCGGCGCUCUUCUCGCAACUAUCAUCGUCAAAGGAAUCAUCUGGUUCGGCUGUAUCCCCAUCAAAACCACGCAAGUACAGGCUUUGGCUCAGGAUUGCAAAACCGACGUCAUCUUCAACACCCUCUCCCUGCUCUUCCCCUUCAUCGGCUACAAAGCUCACGUCUGGUGGCUUGAUCCUGCCGGCGCGGGCCUGCUCUCGCUCUUCAUCAUCUACGACUGGGGUGAGACGUGCUUCGAAAACGUCACCCGACUCUCCGGCCAAGCGGCUGAUGACAGCUUGAAGAAGAAGCUCAUGUAUCUCGCAUACCGCUUCUGCCCUGUGGUGGACGGUUUCAAGUCUGUCACAGCCUACCACGCCGGCGAUGGGAUCUGGGUUGAAAUUGACAUUUUGAUGAACGAGAAGACGAGGUUGCAUGACAGUCACGAUGUCGCAGAGACCCUGCAGUAUUGUGCGGAGGGUUUGCCAGAGGUUGAUCGCGCGUUUGUGACGGUGGACUACAGCUCGAGUGGCCCUACUGGGCAUGCUUCGGAUUCGUGA